CUUAUGGUAGGUUUAUAAGGGAGGGUGCUGGAGGCUCAGUACUGCACUGACUGCUUAAAAGAAUCACUGGUGUAGAAGCAGUAGGAGCAAGCACUUAUUUUUGGAGCAUUAUGUCCACAAUGCUGGAUAUACAAACAAUCUACGAGAACCUUCGCAACUUGAAUUUGUCAGAAGAUAUAGAGAGCACCAAUGACAACAUCUUCACUAACCCAAAGAGGAGACAUUCUUGCGCCCCUGAAGUCUAUGAUGAAGCAAAAUGGUCUGCUAGAUGGACUUACGAGCCUCCUCGAGCUCCUUUCAGAACAGACAGGUCCAUCAGCCUCACUGAAGGACCCCGAACAGCACUACCUCCACCACCACCGGGGUUCCCUCCAUUGAAAACUCCUCUGCCUUCUCUUCCUGCUCCAUCACCACGUUACAAGACAGAGCUGUGCCGUACCUUCUCAGAAACAGGUACUUGUAAAUAUGGCUCAAAAUGUCAAUUCGCUCAUGGGCAAGGUGAGCUAAGAGAGCCAAACCGUCAUCCAAAGUACAAGACAGAGUAUUGCCAUAAGUUUCACCUCUAUGGAGAAUGUCCAUAUGGUUCCCGAUGCAAUUUUAUCCACCACCCAGCUGAGCAAGGUACCAGUCCUCAACACGUUCUACGCCAGAGCCUCAGCUACACCGGUGUACCCAUCAGAAGAGCCUCUCCACCACCACCAGGUUUCCCUGACCCUGCUUCCUUCACCAGAGCUGCAUCGGUCUCCCCUCCUCCCAGUGAAUCAAUUUUCUCUCCUGCUCCUUCUGAGACCAGAAGCCAUGUUUCUUCCCUCAAAGGAAUGGAGUCCUGUAAUCGUUGUUGCUCAUGCCGAUGCUCCAGAGCUGGGAAUCUAGUUCAGGACCCUUUCUCCAACUACCAACUCCUACGUUCACCUUCUUCCAGUUCCUUGACCGAAAACGAGUGUUACAGCAGUGGUUCGGAGUCUCCUGUGUUUGAGGUGCCAAACCAAGUGGCUGCCAACAAGCGUUUGCCCAUCUUCCACAGGCUAUCUGUGUCCGACUGAGGAGUGGAGAGUAGAGAAAAAGCAUCAGAACAAAUUAGAUUUUCAGCCCUGCUGUCAGACCAGCAUCAGAACACUUGUUGACCUUAAGAAGAAACGUUCUGUGAAGUUACAGCUACUGGCAGAGGAAAAAAAUCCAUAAUCAAGUGCCUUUCGUUGAUUCUCAGGGCUUUACGCAGGUUUGGGGUGAAGGCUUCAAAGUAGCCUCAAUAGACUUUUUUUUUGCACAUAUGGAAACCCCCAUUUCCGAAAAAAAAAAAAAUGUAAAAAAUCUAUUGUCAUCCUAUGCAGAUCUGGAUCAAACCUGUAAGGUUCCAGAGAUGACAGGUGCAUUUUCUUAUGUAAGGGCAUACCCUACUACUUGCUGUGUAUUGUAGAUUGGGAUUAAGCUCUGAAUUCAUGUAGCAAAACAAGGUGUAUAGCAUGUUUACUGCCCCAAAAGUCUAAUUUCCUAUAGUUUGGGCUGGACCUAAACUAUGGAAGAAUAGGACCCAAAAGUGGACCAGUAUCCCAGUUGUGAAAAAAAUCCUGACUUUUUACUCCUGUGAACUCAAAAAAACAAAACAAAACUCAUUUUCUGGAAGUUCUGCAAUGCAUUGCAGUGUUAUAAUACAAUAUUACAAUAUAAUUGUGUAUAAUACAGAUACACUACUACUUGUGUAAUAUACACUACACUGUGUAUACUCUUCAUUACAUGGCACCGUCCCUGACAUUCAGGUAGCGCUCUCCUCCCAGAGUUCCCCUUUACCUUUUUAUAUGAUGCCUAUGCAUGCUCUUAUAUACAGCUUGAGUCUCUGGAAGACAUCAAGAUCUGUAGUGUUGCUUCAUGCCCGAUUGUGUUCCCACCGCACCCCGCCCCCUCCCCAUAUAAGAUAA